AUGGACAAUCAGAGCAGUGCUCAGCACUCUCGUCCUUCGAUGGCGCCGCCAUCAUUUGGCUAUUACCCACAACACCCAUUCUGGGCAGCCACCAUGUUUGAAAAGUACGUCGGCAAGAUGCCCACCUCUGGUUACAGCACAGCACAAAUCGACUCGGUCUUCUUCCAUCUUCGCUUGGAGAUGCUUGAGUUGGAGAGUCGUCAAUCCCUGGACGCCAACACUAUGUGGUUCAGAGGCGAGGUUGAGCGUCUCAGAGCAGAGCGUGAUGGUCUUCUUCGAGUUGGCGAGGAAGCUGCCUCUGCACGACUCGCCCAUGAGAGAGCACAGAUUGCACACCGCAAUGCGCAGGCUACCCAUGAGAGGGUUCUACGGGUCCACCAAAACACAGAAGGCACUCUCAGAGACAUUGUUCGCGAGGGCAAUGAAAGAAAUGCUCUUCUCGCAACUCAAUUGGCCUCUGUGCAACUUGCCCACGAAAAGGCACAAAUUGCACAUAUCGAUCUGCAGACUGUUCAUCAGAAGGCACAACUUGACCACAAGAACACAAAACGCGCGCUUGAGAAGGAGAUUCGUGCGGGCAGAGACAAGUAUGUCACGUCGGAAUCAGAGAAGUAUCUCCUCGAAAGAGACAUUGCUAUGAUCAACGAAAAACGCAAGGAAGAAAAGAAGAAGUUUGAGGAUGAUCUCCUUGCGAUCAAGAAAGAGAGAGAUGAUCUCCGAGCCAAGUGCGCCGACUUCGAAUCUCAAUCAAGCAAUCCAAUCAUCCGGUUCGUCAACAAAAAGCAACAGAUUCGACAAACAGAAUCCCACAUCGAGGAAAUAUGGUCUCAAGCUCUUCAGAGUAUCAUAAGGGGAAAGGUCAACGACAAGAUCAACAUCGACAACUCUGUCCUGAUCAAGAUUCUGCCUCCCGCCAUCUCGUCUAUCGACAAGUUUACUUUCAAGCAGCAACCACAAUACUGCUUCGCCCAGUCGUAUGUUGCAAAGUCUUACCUUACGAAUGAUUAUCUCGAACGGUCGUUCUACAAGAGACAUGACCGGGAAGAUCUUGCCUCCUACGAUCGCUUCGAUGAACCUGUUCAGCUUAGGCGGCGAGAAUUGUUCCUUCUGGACUUGAUCUCGGAAGACGUUGGUGCCUUUCCCUUUCCCACGGGCAUUGGCCACGAGCUGGAUCUGAUGAUCUACUUGGAACGCAGCCUCCUUCAAGAUAUCCGCUUGCGUCAGGCAAGCGACACGGCUGUUCUGUUUGCGUUCGACUACCUGAUUCGUAUGACCAGAAUUUUGUACCUCGAGUUUGUUCACAGCAUGGCAUGCAUACAUCUGGCAGUCUUGGGCAUGCAAUAUGUCAUGCAUGAUCGCGCCGAAUGGUAUCGUCUGGUCAGAGAGGUUGUCACAAAUGAAAACAUUACAGAUGAGCCAGUUAUCAAUGCUUGUCACGCAUACCUCGCACUGUCCACACACGACCCGAAGUCACUCAUGAAGCCCGAGCUGGCCAAAGCCUUUGAGCUUGGUCGUUUCUCAGCUUCAACACCGAUCGCUAUCAUAGUCUCGCUGACAAAUGGAGCGACCUCAGCAACUGUGAACGGUAUCGACAUUGUUGUUGCUCAGUCUUACGAGUGGGAAGUUGUGUUCUGGAAAGGUACAGGCGCCCAGGCCUGGUCCUGCUCUAUCGGUCGUAUGGAAGUGAAGAUGAUUGAUGGUGGACUUUGUGAGGUGAAGUGGGGCCCUGAUGCAGAGCAUCAGAUUGUCUGCAGAGUUUCAGACAUCUCCGAGAGUGAUCUGGGCUACUAUCUGUACAGUUGGCACGACAUUGAGCUUGUUUAUGCAAGCGUGGAUGGCGAGAUUGCUCACAGCUGA